CGCUGCACUCUCAUCGCCCCCGCGCGCCUGGCGCAGCCUCCCCGCCCCGCGUCGCUGCCCCAGGGCUCUUGGCGCCCCGCCGCCAGGUCCCCGCUGCGCCUACCUGGUCCCGAGAGCCUUGUCCUCCGGAGUCCCCGGGGCCAUGAGUCUCUGUGCUGUCCCCCGCCGCCCAACUGGCGCCGCUGCAGCGUUGGGGCUCGGUAGCCUGCUGGUACUGCUCGGGCCGGGACGCGCGUGCCCCGCGGGCUGUGCCUGCACCGACCCCCACACCGUGGACUGUCGCGAUCGCGGGCUGCCCAGCGUGCCCGAUCCCUUCCCCCUGGACGUGCGCAAGCUGCUAGUGGCCGGCAACCGCAUCCAGCGGAUCCCCGAGGACUUCUUCAUCUUCCACGGAGACCUGGUGUAUCUGGAUUUCAGGAACAACUCGCUGCGCUCGCUGGAGGAGGGCACGUUCAGCGGCUCGGCCAAGCUGGCCUUCCUGGACCUGAGCUACAACAACCUCACCCAGCUGGGCGCCGGCGCCUUCCGCUCGGCGGGGAGGCUGGUCAAGCUGAGCCUGGCCAACAACCACCUGGCCGGUGUGCACGAGGAUGCCUUCGAGAGCCUGGAGUCGCUGCAGGUGCUGGAACUCAAUGGCAACAACCUGCGCAGCCUCAACGUGGCGGCUUUGGACGCGCUGCCGGCGCUGCGGACUGUGCGCCUGGACGGGAACCCCUGGCUGUGUGACUGCGACUUCGCCCACCUCUUCUCCUGGAUUCAGGAGAACGCGUCCAAACUGCCCAAAGGCCUCGAUGCCAUCCAGUGUUCGCUGCCCAUGGAGGACCGGAGGGUAGCCCUGAGGGAGCUGUCAGAAGCCAGUUUCAGCGAGUGUAAGUUUAGCUUGUCCCUCACAGACCUCUUCAUCAUCAUCUUCUCGGGCGUCGCUGUGUCCAUUGCUGCCAUCAUCUCCAGCUUCUUCCUCGCCACUGUGGUGCAGUGUUUCCAGAGGUGCGCCCCCAACAAGGACACGGAGGAUGAAGAUGACGAUGAGGAUGACUGAUCCACCUCUUCCUGCUCUCUGCUUUCCCACACUCAGCCGGUGGCACCUCUCCAAGGGAGACAGAUGCUGAAGACGGAAGCGUCCCCUCACUCCGGGCAGUGGACCGGAUGGAGUUUGCCUAGAAGCACUUGCUGGGACAGCUGAUCCCAGAGCCUAGUCAGCAGAGUAGAGAUGCAGGAAGCACAGAGAGAGCUACUCCUGCGCAGAGCCCACCUCCCAGGCUGGGGCAUGUGUGUGUGUGUGUGUGUGUGAAGAAAAUCAAGUUGGGCUUCAUGACCUACAGCUUUACACCCCUCCUAAGCUGACAUGAGAGCUCACAGCUUCUGACCUCAGAAGUAUUUGCCCUGUUCUUAUCACAAGCCACACUAUGGACCACGAAUCAUCUUUCUCCUAAAUGACAACAUUGCUCUCAGCGGCCAUUCAAGCUCAGUCCAUUCUCUAUGGGAGCAGGAAUGCUCUUCUUCCGUAGAAGGUCCCAGCAGCCUAGGGAUGUUAGACCAAGAACAAACAAAUGCACAUGCAAUAGGCAAUGUCUGUGUCUCCCCUCUGUCGCUGUGCUGAUACCUCACACCCAACGUGAUGAAUGUAGGUUGAUUUGAGGUGACUUGAGCUGGGAACACUGAGCCAGGCUGGGAGCUGAUUGAUACCUGAGACAGAGGCUCACAGGAAGCUCCUGGGGAUGUUUUAGGGACCCACUCCUUCAGGGUGUUUUGAAGAGGGCCCUUUGGAAAUGGUUCGGUCAUGAGGACGGAGUCAUCCUCAGUGCAUUUAGUGAGCUUAUAACACAGACUCUGGAGGCCUCCCUGCUCCUUCUACCAGGUGAGAACCCAGCCAGAGGGUCUAUGAACCAGGAAGCGGUCCCUCACAAGAACUCAACCAUGUUGGUACCCGACCUCCAACUUCUAGCCUCCAGAGCUGUAAGA